GGCACUAACUACACCAUCGCCCUGCUUCAAGGAUCUGUCCUAGUGUUUUAUACAGGCUCUAAUUUAAACACUUCGGAUAACGCUGAAGUUAUAUCAAAACGCGAGGUCUUUUCCCAAAUCCUUUUCUACUUGUCCUCGAGCUCUCGGCAGAUAAAAAUGACCCAUGCAAGGAGUAGAUAUCCCCCGCAGGCACGGACGGAACUCAGAGCCCUGUAAUCCCCGUAGCAGCACCAUUGUAGGGAUAGGGUGCGCGUACUGGACGUUUUCAACAAGGAAAAACCUGUAAAGCAAUGGGUGCAAAUUGAAUCAUUCCGCGCCUGGCAAGAAACCGCUUUCAAAAACGGACCGUGAGAGCAUCGCGAGGAGAUUUGUUGGAGAGGACGACACAACACUUUAUUCUUGUGGAUAAUUUCUAACAAGGAAGCACCUAAUGUUGCACUCUUUUACAUUAUUCUACUCCAGUUAUUUAUCACGCUGGGAUUCAAAGGCACCUCCGGAUUUGUUUUAGUAAGGACACUGGUGGACUGUCCCCAACCUCCGGUCUCAGUGGUCUAAAACUGUGGAAACAGGUGUAUUUCAGCAGUUCAAAAUGUCUCUGCUGCCUUCAAGGUUCAUAUACCUGUGUUUACAUUUUCUGGUCCUCUACUUCCAGCUUCAGGAAUCUCAGCAGAGCUCAGCUGAUUUCCGGAUCUACAUCGAGAACCACACCCGGAACCCGGAUGACCUGAGCCGGAAGCAGAUCCGGAUCUACCAGCUGUAUAGCCGCACCACGGGCAAGCACGUCCAGAUCCUGGGCAAGAAGAUCAACGCCAACGGCGACGAUGGGGGCAAGUACGCUCUUCUUGUUGUGGAAACAGAAACGUUUGGGAGCCAUAUUCGACUAAAAGGGAAGGAGAGUGAAUAUUAUAUCUGCAUGAACAAGAACGGGAAAAUUGUUGGAAAGCGCAACGGCAGGAACCAGGAAUGUGUGUUCGUGGAGGAGUUCCUGGAGAACAACUACACAGCGCUGGUGUCGGCCAAGUAUAAAGGCUGGUACCUGGGCUUCAACAGGAAGGGGAGGCCCAAGAAAGGCUCACGGACCACGCAAACCCAACAGGAAGUUCAUUUCAUGAAACGCCACCCCAAGGGGAAGGUGGAUCCCCUGGAGGAGUUCCGUUUCACCACGGUAACUAAGCGGACACGCAGAGCCCGCCGCUUGAAACCCAAAACAAACUGAAAAGCGACGGAUGGACAGCCAAGCACACUGUUUUCCGAGGAGAGCAAAAACUCAACGUUUCUCGCAAUAGAACGACGUAAAGACUUCUGCAAAAGAAACAACGACAGGAAAAAUGAACAAAACUUUCAAAGAUGUUUUAUUUUUAUAUUUCAGGAACACUGAUAAUCUCCCAACUGUUGGAUGUUUCUGGGUCAUUAUAAUUGUUAUUAUGUGUUUAUUUUAUUUAUACUGGACAAACUAAGGACGACAAAAACCUCUUGUCAUCGCCAUCUUCUGCUUCUCUGAACAGUGAGCUGAAGGCUUAUAUUUUCGACAAUGAGGGUGGAAACAGGAGUUGACUGUUAUAAAAAUCAUCCACUAGAGUUUAUUGGAAUACCUGUUUUGUUUGUGUUACCCCUGACAACAUGGAUCCCAUAUUUUCCACCGGAAUCAGAUGGCAUGGAGACGAAAAGGAGAGAGGUGACAGUAGCAGGUCACACAGUCAACUAAGAUAUCAACAUGUGUAGCUUUGAGUGCAAUAUUUGACAGACCCCCCUCCCUCCUUUCUUUUUCUUUCUGUCUCUCUCUCCCUCCCUCUCUCUCAGUUGAUAACUCCAGCUUGACUCGUGGCCUACUGUAGGUGGAAUGCACUGUGCACUAUGUGAUUUCUUUGACACUUUUGUGCAACCUAUGAUUCGGCAGAACACAACAUGCUUUGACUAGCCAGGCAUUAGCUGGGGCUGUAGUCUUGUUUAAACACAAGAAAACCCAGUCGACUGUUUUCGGACCACCACAGGUCUGGGGGGGGGGGGGGGGGGAGGUUGAAGAAUUGAUUCGUACGGGAUGAGUAGGAGCUCAAGCUUAACUUGCUAGUUACUACGUUUUAGACAAGAGUCCGUCCACCCCAGGCCCUACACCAACAUCUGCUGGCCUAUCCAACUGAGAAAUCACAGUGGGUUUUUUGACAGACACAACAACCCUUCAGACACAGGAGUUUAUGAAUUCCAGAAUACCAGCAUUUAGGAUUUGGGAGUAAUACUACUAUACUCUGACAGACCAGGAGACCCACACUAGACAACACAGCUUGAUGCUUUGGUGGAGCAGUAUACUCAUGAGAUGCUACUAACAACAUGACACAUUUAUGUUUUUUAAAUGUAUGCAAAUAAUUUUAUGACUAUUAUAUGAUAUUUAUUGCCUUUAUUUGUAAAUAUGAUGUGAUGAUUUUAUCUGGCCUCUAUUAAUAAAAUGAGGACUAUAUUUAAAGAUACAUAUGUCUUUACUUG